AUGUGCAAAUGGGACAUUUUUCUCUUCAAUUGCAACUGCUUCACCCUUGGUCUCAAAGAACACUGCCACCAGCACCGUCUCAAGCAAACCGCCAACUGCAACGAGGUGCAGCAAGUUCGUGAGGCAUGGGUGUACCGUCAGAAUAAAGUAUGCCAGAAUCACACAGGGCAAGAGGAAACUUUUGCCAAUGGACCGACUGUUACGUGGAGUGAGCUUGAGUCAAAAGUUUAUCAGCUAGCCAAGGAAUAUGCCGCCAAAGGUGAUUUUCCUGGGAGACCGUAG